UGGCAACCUAGACCAGCCAAGGACGCAGCAGGAAAUGGAAGAGCCUCCACAAGAGGCUCUGGCUAAACCCUUGGAACAUGAAAUUCCAGCCGCUCCCUCAACUGCUGGACAUACUAAUGGCCAGAAAGAAGACGACCAGAAGAACCAGGCCAAAAGGCAGGCAGAUAACCAAAAUGCUCACAGAAUAGCUGGCCAGACUGUCCUAAGAGUGCCUAGCCAGGCUGAAUCCAACAUAUUUAGCCAAGCUACCAAUGGAGUAGCUAAACAAAAUGGGCAUAGUACACCUGGUACUAUGCCUGGCGGCAAAGUCUCCAACCCUGUUAAUGCUUCUGACCUUAGAGCAUAUGAUCAGGUUGACCAAACACCAUCUGAACAGACUGAAGGCAAGGCAUCUAGCCAACCUAAUAAUGUACAGUCUGAACAGAGUGAUGGCCAGGUGUCUGGCCUGACUGAGGAAAGAACGGCUGAACAGAUUGAACGAAGAUUACCUAGCCAGGCUGAAAGAAGACCUUCUGAGCAGAUUGAUAGUGAACUGUCUAUGCCAUCUGACCGGAGAGGUUCCAGACAGAUUGACCGCAGAAUGUCAGGCCAGGCUGAGAGAAAAACUUCUGAGCAGACUGGUGGUAGAUCAUCUAUACAGUCUAACCAAAGAGGUUCUGAACAGACCCACAACAAAAUGGCAGGCCAGUCUGAGAGAAGAGCUUCUGAGCAGAUGGACCGCAGAAUGUCUGGCCAGGCUGAGCAAAGAACUUCUGAGAAGAUUCCCCGCAGAUUAUUCAGCCCAUCUGAGGGAAGAACUUCUGGACAGAUUGACAGUGGAUCGUCCAUGCCAUCUGACCAAAGACCUUCUGUACAGAUUGACCGAAGAAUGUCAGGCAAAGUUGAGAGAAGAACUUCUGUGAAGAUUCACCACAGAUCGACUGGCCUGGCUGACCAAGGAACUUCUGAGGAGACUGACUUCAGAUUGUAUGGCCUGGCUGACCACAAAACAUCUGUAAAGACUCACCACCAAGUGUAUGGCCAAGCCACUGAAAUAGCUGAGCACCAGGCUAUUGACCAAGCUCAUAGUAAUGCUGAUCAAUUUCCAGUUGACAAGGCUGACUACAGUGAAACUUACCAGAUUGACCACUUAGCAGACAGACAAACUAAUCACAAAGUCCAAUUGUCUUACUAUGGAACACGUGGCCAGUCUGAAGGCAGAACAUUUCCCCUGUUAGGCAAUGGCAAGGAACACAAAGAGGCUGACUGCAGAGUACAACCCUGCAAAUUUGAGGAUAGCCAAGUAGACCCCAAGUCCAAGCUUUCAGCUGAAAUGGAAACUCAACAUGCAACCACUAUCCCAGCCUGCAACCCAGUUGAUGCCAGAUUCACCAGUAAUUUCCAAGCAAAAGACCAAGCCCAUUUCCAAAGACUCCCCUCCAUUUCAUCCAAAUUGAACUAUAUCAGCAGUCAAGAAAAAGCUCAAGCCUUAGUAACCAAAUCUGAUGAAUUUUCAGAAACUGAGCACAGAAAGAGUUAUCGUACAUCCAAUCAAGCUUAUAGGAGGUUCCCUUGUAUAGUUUAUGAAGAUCCUUAUCAAGUUUCACUCCAGUACAUGGAAAAACACCACAUUCUGCAAAUAUUCCAGCAGAUUACUGAAAACUUAGUCUAUGAAAAGCCAGAGGACCCCCUGAAUUUUAUGCUGUGCCAGGUAUAGAAUUGGAGAAAAAGAACAACCUUUUUAUUCUCUUUAUUGUAAAAUACAGCACACAUAUGGCAAAGUGUAUAGAACAAAGUAUGUACAACUCUGAAUUAUUAUGAAGUAAACAUACCUGUAACUACCAUUCAAGUUUUUAAAAAAUAAAACAUGACCGGCAUACCAGAAGCCCCCAUCCUUUCCCUCACAGUUAUUACUUCCCACAAAGAGAUUCUUUAUGACUUUUAUGAUAAUGAUCUUCUCACUUUUCUUUAAAAUUUUAUCACUAAGCCUAAAUCAUGAAAUACUUUUGUUUAGAUUUGUCAGCAUUUGACCUGUAUAUUAAGGGAACCAUAUAGUAUGUAAUCAUUUGUGUCUGGUUUCUUAUGCUCAAAAUUACGUC